AUGACGUCAUCACCCGGUGUGAGCGGCAGUGAUCCGGAGCGGAGGUCCGUUGCUGGCCUGGCCACUAAAUCUGGAGGUAGGGGUAAGGUGGCUCACGGCCUGGCAGGGCCUGAUCUGGGGGGAGAGGGGCCUUCUGGGAGGUGCCGUGACGGACAGGGUGGCUCCCUGGUUCCUGGUAGUGGGGAAGCAGUGAGCAGUGGUAGUGAGGGAGAGGAGGGACAGGCCACGACAGCAUUGGUGGUUGGUGGUCCCAAGGUCAGGCAGAGUGAGUUAGGCCUGGGUUCUCUCCAGCUUAGUCCUAGGUGUCCUAGCCAGUUUAGUGGGGGUGAUGUGAGUUGGGCAGUGAGGCCACAAGGGGGGGGGCUUGUUGAUCUGGAGUAUGGGUCUGGGGAGGAAUGUGAGGAGUUGGAGCUGGGCCCUGGGGAGAUGGACUUAUUUUUAAACUCCUCUGAUGAGGAGUGUGUUCCUCCCUCCCCUGGGUCCUCCAGUAGGAAUGUUAGCCGUUUUGGGGGGUCAGCUGAGAGGGUUUCUGUGGGUCCUAGGCCUGUGUCUGUUCACCAUGCUGUGGGGGGAGGGGGUACGGCCAGGUUCAGGGAGGAGGUUGGGGUGUGUGGCUCACAUGUUAGCUUUUCUCUUCCAGAGCAUAGCCCAUCUGAACGACGGCCAGGGCCUCAACCUGGCCCAUCUUUGAGGGAGGAUGUCUUCGACGGCCUUGAGGAGGAUUUCUCUGGCUUGCACGGCUCCUGGACGGAUUCUAUUCGUUUGGAGCCUGAUGACGGUCCACAGCAGGAUGUGCGGCCUGUUGGGCAUAAGGAGGAUCAACCACGGCAGUUGGCACAACAGGGACGGCCAGCUGUCACUUCUACUGGAGGUGGUCGAGAGAUUACGGGGCAACGCAGCAGCGGGCUCCAGGCAACUUUCAGCGGUCCUUCAGGCAUCAGGACUACGGAGAGCACUUCAGCAGUGGCAGCGUUUCCGGGAAUUGGUACCACAUGCAGACGAGGAGGGAUGCCCGUGUCCGAGUUUCUUGUGGCGACUUGGGGUGGAGGACUGGCUGGACUGGUGAAGAACUCAUUGGCACCAGGUACUUGGGCAGCUUAUUCAAGAGUGUGGUUGGAGUGGGAGACUAGGUUGUUGUCCCAGGGUUUACGUGAAGGGGAGGUUGAUGGUACUGGUGCGUUGCUUGACUGGAUGUGGGAAUGGGGUGUUUCUCAGUUGUCACAUUCCGCUAUGGACAGGCGUUUGGCGGCAUUAGCUUUCCGCUUCAAACUCUUGGGUCUGGGAGAUAUUACCAAAGGUUUUUGUGUUCGUCAGGUGCUGAAGGGCUUGAAGAAAGGGUUGGGUGGUCCCUUCCCUGACCAUAGGCGACCUAUUACUUUUUCGCUGUUGCAGCAGGUGUAUAUGGUGUUACCUUUGGUGUGUUUGUCUGAUUUUGAGGUGUGUUUGUUUAGGGUGGCGUUUGUUCUGGCUUUCUUUGGAGCCUUUCGUAUUUCGGAGUUGGUUAGUAAGAAUUUGGUUUCUAUGGGGGGUUUGGCUUUUUCGGAUGUGGCGUUGUUUGAUUACAAGGUGGAGAUAUUUUUGAGGAGGAGUAAGACUGACCAGCUGGGUAAGGGCAGAACGGUGGUCCUUUUUCCGAGUGGUCUGGAAGUGUGUCCUUGGCGAUGUUUGUUUGAGUAUUUUCAGGUACGUCCGGUUAUGGGGGGUUCGUUGUUGGUUCAUGUUGAUGGUAGGCCGUUGUCGCAAUUCCAAUUUCGGGCGGUUCUUAACAAAUCAUUGUGCAGGUUGGGUUUUAAUAGCAGGGAUUUUGGGUCACAUUCCUUCCGCAUAGGGGCGGCAACUGAGGCUUCGGUGAGGGGUUUAUCUGAUUCAGUGGUUAAAGGCAUUGGCCGGUGGUGUUCCGCCCGCUAUCGCCGGUAUGUUCGCCCUGAUUUAGGAGUUUAGGCUGGUGGUGUUGUUAUUCUCUUCUUUGUGUUUUAGGUGUCGAUCGUUUGUGGCUUGUUGGCCAUUCUUUCAUUUAUUGGGCUCGAAGAGCGGCUGCAGCCAAAGUGGAUGGAUUGCAGUUGGGUAUCCCUAAGUCGAGAUGUGAGGUCAAAUGGUUUGGUGUCAGGGGGCUACGUUGGGACAGGUUGUUGCCGCUAGUGGUGGAUUAUUGCAGACGCUACCAGCAUCCAACGGUGUUGUUGAUCCACGCGGGGGGCAAUGAUCUUGGUUUUCUGCCUCAGAGGGAAUUGGUGAGAAGCAUGAAGAGGGACAUUGGAAGGCUUGUGGAGUUAUUCCCUAAGAUGAGAAUUGUAUGGUCGGACAUUUUACCUAGGAAGGUUU